AAAAGCACAAAAUUCGGGUUGCCAUGGCCAACGCGCUCUCACCCACCAGCCCCUCCCCGCCCAACCCCGCGCGCGCAGGACCAGGUUGCGACGCUGCCUCUCUCAGGUUCUUUCCGGUGUUAUGAACUUCCUUUCUCCCGCCGGGGCUGGCCGUGGUGCUGUAUUAAAUUCCUCUUUUGGGGUGCUCUUGAGGGGGACCGCCUAGCCGCUCUCCGGAGGACGGGCAAGGUGCGAACCAGAGGGUGGGUCUUAAGCUGGCGAUAGGGGUUUCGACCUCCCAAGAAGCUGACCCAAACAAAUGUAAAUAUCUUGACGCUCUUGGCGACGAACGACGCGCAUACCCGGGCUCCUAGCCUGGUGGUUCCGCCACGCUCGAAGCCUCUGAUACCAACGCGUUUGCUGCUCGGAUUUCUUCGUUUACACCCCGUUAGCUGCCGUCCGUGCGCCGUCCGUGCUCCAUGCUCUUAGGGAUGGUUUAGGCUGAGAUAUGCGGACGCCGUCGGUCAUAUGGACCUUCGGAGCAAGUCGCGAAUGCGGGACGUUGUCAGCUUCGCCUAGGCGUAUGGCUGGAGGUCGGAUGCCGCUUGCCGUGUGGGCUUGCGGAGCAAGUCUCGAAUGCGAGGCGUUGUCAGACGCGCCGCGCCGCCAUUUCCUGCCGUCCUGAACAAGUUCAUCUUCAAAGGUUCUCGUGGCGAAUACGUUUCUCUACUUCCUCAGGAACCGGAGAACGUGUUACGUCCGGGACUUAUAUGCCGAAGGCAACAAAUAGAUAAAAGCACAAAAUUCGGGUUGCCAUGGCCAACGCGCUCUCACCCACCAGCCCCUCCCCGCCCAACCCCGCGCGCGCAGGACCAGGUUGCGACGCUGCCUCUCUCAGGUUCUUUCCGGUGUUAUGAACUUCCUUUCUCCCGCCGGGGCUGGCCGUGGUGCUGUAUUAAAUUCCUCUUUCGUGGCGUUCGGCUUCUACGAUUGUUCGAUGGCGCGCGUCGCGUCGGAGCGCGGGUCGUUGAUCUUCGAUUGGUCAUGGUUGGAUCCGCUUCCUUUCUGUCAGAAAUGCACGUUCGACGUCGUCUUCCAGGCCGAGGGCAUCCACCACACCGUCCCGAGAAAAACCGCCGACCGCCUCGACGAGUUCUGUCCCAAGGCGCAGAGGCGCCUCACAGUCCGCAAUCGCUUCGAACUCAAGCAGCAACUCGCGCGGCGCCACAAGAACAUGUUCAACGAACACCAGAAGCAGACGGCCGCGGAACGCAAGGCCGCGCUCCAGGCACCCGACGCGUGCGCGCUCAAGCUCUGGCGGGUCGCGUUCGACAACCUGGGCCGCCACGUGAAAUGCGGCGGCGUGUUGUUCAUCACGGACCUACUCGGAGACGUCUUCACGGGCAGCGGGCCGCGGUGCUGGCCCGAGUUCGGCCGGAGGUGGAUGGUGGAGAAUGGCUUCGAGCACGUCCGGCGGCAGACGGGCGAUCCAUGCGGGAACCACUACCCGUUCCUCUUCUUGCGUAGGAAGUGCUAGUA